AUGGCCUCGUCGCCCGGGCUCGUCCGCUUCGAUGCGACCGCGGUCUUCCGGCCAACAUACCAGCGCAACAACAAGAAGGGCGGGCAGAAGAACCUGCGCUGCUUUCCGAACUGCUGCAACGGGCUGCACGCGGCCACGGGCUUCUGCGGCGGGCCAGUCGCCGUGCACCUCGACGCAUCCGACGCGACCAAGUCGUACCUCCUCCUCGCCGAGUUCGUGCCGGUCUUCAAGGGCGCGCCGCAGAGUACGCUCUCGAUCGGCCACAUGUAUGCGCUCGAGACGCUCCGCGCGCAGGCCAACAAGGACGCAGACCCGCUGUUGCCCUACUUUGCCGGCCACUCCAUGCAGACGUCGUACUACUUCAACCCGGCCAAGAAGGGCUGGCACUACGGCUGGAUGAGCAACAAGCACACGUCGGACCGCGAACACGUUCUCUGCGUGCAUGUCCUUGAAGAAGUCAGCGAGACGUUUGGGCAAUGCGUCGACUCGCUCGCGUCACCGCCGUUCACGGUCCACUGUCGACGCCGCUCCAAGACCGAGUCGCCCGUCGUGCCCAUUGUUGUCGCCAAGAAGCGGCCACACUCGCCAUCGUCGUCGGUGACUGCGCCGUCGUCGCCGUCGUCGGACGAAGAAGCUGGCCGCACCAAGCGGCAACUGCUGGCGGCCGCCUCGACGCCCGACUGGAAGGACGACGACGAGUCGCUUUACAUCGAUGCGCUCUUUCAAAACGAGGUGCUCGACCUCAUCACCAACAGCACGUACGACUUUGCGCCGCCGUCAACCGAGGCCACGCUCUGGAAUACACUCAUGGACGACGACGACGACGCCGAGCUCCUCGACGUGCUCCUCCCGACGCCGUCGGCGCCGCCGAUGACAGAAGUGCCCCGGUAUCAAACGUACUUUUCGCCGCAGCGCAACGCGGCGCCAGUCGUCGGCCGGAAGCGACCGCCUCGCAUUCCCGUCGACCUCAAGUAUCCGAAUGGACCACCGCCUGCGAGCACGCCCGCCACAUCCGCAUCGCAGGACGCAACAACAGUCGUGCCCAUGCCACCGUGCCGCCGCCACGACCACCGACGCCGGAGCCACAGCGGCGACGACGUCGGCCCACCGGUCGCCAAGUCGUGCGGGCUUCUCUGGAGCAUCGUCCAGCUCGCGUUCUGCCUCACGAUGUUUGUGCAUUUCGACCAGACGAACCGGCUCACGCCCUUCCUCGUCGACUGCCCGCCGCCGUCCAUGACGUGCGUCCGCGAUGGCUUUGGGCUCCAAGAGCUCGCGUCCUGCGUGCACCACAUCGCCGACCGGUGCGCGACCGAAGCGACGGCCGAGAUCACGAUCUACAGCAUCGACGGCAACACGACGCAGCUCGCGUGCGAUGGCAUGACGGCCUGUGCGUCCCAAUUGCAAGCGUUUCUGUCGUCCGCACCGAUGGGUGCGGCGGAGCUCGAGCGCCACAAGGAACACUACCGGCGUGAGCACGAGCAGCAAAUCUACACGGGCAUGCAGUACAAGUUUAUCCUCUUCAUGGCCAUGUGCACGCUCAUUUCGUUUCUCGCGCUGCAGCGGUCGUUCCAGAAAUGCCUAAAAAAGUGCCAAUGGUUUCGCCACCGCCGCCUCCACCCCGAUGACCACAUUGCCUAGUUGGUGCAUCGGUUCGUUUAGUUAGUCGUUCC